CCGUAGCGAGGCAAAACGGAGAGCUGGGAAGAAAGAUGGCUGCGUUUGCUGCGGCGCGGCGAUUUUCAGUUUUACGAUCUUUUUGCUCUUUGGUCCCUUCAGUCUACAGUGGCUCAUGCACUGUAACCCCAAUUUAUCGACUGUCUUCAUUUCAUAUCUCUCAGAGGCAGACAUCCACAGGUUAUAUCAAAAAGCCUUUUCUAUCUUUAGGCAGUACUUCAUCUGAACUUUCCUUCUCUAUAGUAAACAGAGUGACACCUCUGCUUCAAAACAUCCUUCAUCAGCAAGUAAGGACAGUUAUCAGUUACAGCUUGCGAAAAGGAAAAAGAAAAACUGUGAAACCAGUGGUUAAGAGAUUUCUUCGAUUGCAUUGUGGCCUCUGGCUAAGAAGAAGGGCUGGUUACAAGAAAAAGGUAUGGAAAAAAAAGGCUGGCCGGAUGAAGCGCUUACGGGAACAUGUAUUCUGCAACAAAACACAGAGUAAUAUGCUUGAUAAAAUGACUACUUCCUUCUGGAAAAGAAGAACAUGGUAUGCCAAUGAUCCCUAUCAGAAAUAUCAUGAUCGUACAAACUUUCCCUUGUGAAUUGUUAACUGCAAUUAAUCAUUUAUCCUACUUUUUUAGCAGCCAUGUAGGAAACUUCUAUUAAAUUACUUAUGAACAAUAA